AAUUUUCAUUUCACUGCGUGAGGUGGCUACGAGUAAUAUUGCCUCGGGUAUGCAAUUUCCCUUCCAGAGUUGUUGCAGUUCAGUGAGAAAUGGAAUACUUGGAGGAGUCGAUAUCUGACUGCAGUGUGGAUUUUAAUGAUCUACCACCAAUGCCGCCAUUGAUGAAGUCGAAGAGGACUAAGCUCAACCGAACGUCCAGAGAGCAUGGUCCAUCGUCCGUUCCACCAUCUCCUGCGUCAAACCUUUUUGAAGAAAACAUGGAGAAAGCGUCGUGUAUGAGAUCCGCUUCACUGGAAAACAGACACGACACGAGCAGUAUACCCCCUGAGUAUACCAGUAGCACAAUUCCUGUGUCUCCUCCGCCAUUGAUAAAAUGGACAAUUCCUUCAGCCAGUAUUUCUAAUCGUCAGCCAGCUUUCGAACAAGCAUUUCAAACCGCCGACAAAAGCCAAAGGGAUGAAGCAACGUCUAGUACACAGUCUGAAAUGGAAGACGUGGUGAACUGGACUUCAACGUUCAGCGGGUAUGAGAAACAUGCAUUGCCUGUGAAGCCACCUCUUCAGUUUGAAAUGGAUGGCUUAACUCCAGCCACCGCGUCAAAUACUGGAGUUUUUGGUGGACGGACGCCUGACCUGUUGGAGCAAGCUGAUGCGUUUGGCAUGUCAGUUGAACGAAGGCGUCCUAUCGGACCACAUUCUGAAUCUUCUAAGGUUAUGGCUCAGAAUCAGGAUACGUACAGGCGUUCUAAGUGUAAGACAUUCAAGACGUGUCAGUUUUGCCAAAAAGAGUUCAAGUACGUUUCUCUCCUCCGGGAGCAUGAACGUGUUCAUACUGGAGAUCGACCAUUCAAGUGUGAUGUAUGCGGGAAGUCUUUCAGUCAGUCAGGCAGUCUAUGUGUUCAUAAACGUACUCAUACCGGAGAGAGACCGUACAAGUGUAAGAAAUGUGGGACAUCGUUCACAACAUCGUCCCAUUUACGCAGACAUGAACGUAUCCAUUCUGCAUGAAGACCUUUAACGUGCAAAACAUGUGUGUGGUCAUCGACACAAUCAUCCUAACUACAUGACCAUGAGCGUACUAUUCAUACAGGAGAACGUCCAUAUAGGUGCAGAGAGUGCGCAAAUUUCUUCAGAACAUCAUCAUGUUAUCCUAGACACCAGUGUAUUUAUAACCUACAAUAAAUAGCCUAAAAGUCGUUAGAUAGUGUUUUGUAUGGGUGAAAAUGCCUUUCUUCUCUUCGCAUUUAUGAAUUGUAUGACCAAGAGAGUAAGAGUGUGUGUGUGUGUGUCUGUUUGAAAGAUAUUAUACAUUCGCAGCAUUUAAUAAAGGAAAUCACUCUUUGAUGCUAUUCACAGUCCGGUCCUAGCCGCACACGCGAUAAACUAUGGUAGUCCGGCGUCGCAAUCUGAUGUGGAUUAUGUAGUUCUGUAUUUGUGUUCUAUUCCAUGGUCUCGUUCUCAUGUAUUAUGUCAGAAGAUAAUAAUCUUAUUCUAGCAUAACCUUCGAUCUGAGAAAGUUUAAUUCAUUCAGAUAGUAGAUGAGUGCGAAGCGUUUUUGAC